GAACCGGUGUAUCAAGUUUUUUGUUAAUCGCAUUGUCGAGGCUCUGACCUCUUUCUUUUCCGAAGUACUUACUGUACGUUGACAUUCCUGGACACUUUUCCAACACCCAUUCCAUAUCUUGCACUCUAACCUUAACACCAGUAAGAGCUGACAGUUGCUUGAUUUUGACGCUUUAUAUCCGAUCUGUAGGCUAUCUAUUGGCGUGAGCGAACGUAAACGCACUGCACUUUGAAGAUGGAAACAGAGGUUACUGAUGGCCCUAUCACUGGUGGUGGUAGUGAUGACUUCUCUCCCAAGAUGGAGCAUUCAAGGGUGGUGGUCCCCACCACAAGCACGCCCAAUGGCCAGUACACCUCCUUGAGUCACAUGACUAACACAAACUCCAUCAAGAUAGAGAUGCAUAGUGAUGAAGAUGAUGGAAAAGUUCUUAAUCAGGUGGACCAAGCCAGAAGCAAAGGGGAAAUGAGUACCAUGGAGGAGUCUGUGGUGGAAAGCAACGGAAUGACAGAAACCAACCCAGGGCCGGAGAUACAAGCUGAUGGAGGGAUACGACUUCCGAAUGGUAAACUGAAGUGUGACAUCUGUGGGAUGGUUUGCAUUGGGCCCAAUGUUCUAAUGGUACAUAAACGGAGCCACACUGGUGAACGGCCCUUCCGCUGCAACCAGUGUGGUGCUUCAUUUACUCAAAAAGGAAACCUACUGAGGCACAUCAAGUUGCAUACUGGAGAGAAACCCUUCAAAUGCCCUUUCUGCAGCUAUGCCUGCAGGAGGCGAGAUGCACUGACUGGGCACCUAAGGACGCAUUCUGUGGGCAAGCCUCACAAGUGCAACUACUGUGGUAGAAGCUACAAACAGCGCAGUUCACUGGAGGAGCAUAAAGAACGCUGUCACAACUACCUGCAGAAUGCCGGCGUGGAGGCUACACAGCCCAUGAAUCACCAGGCAGAUGAGUACAAGGAGCAGGAUCCAGUAGCAGAUCACAUUCCUUUGAUGUCAUUUGAGAGACCUGCAGUCAUAGAGAGGCUAUCAAGCAAUGUAGGAAAGCGUAAAAGCUCCACACCGCAAAAAUUUGUUGGUGAAAAAUUUAUGCAUUUGAAUUAUCCAGACAUCAAUUAUAACAUGAGUUUGAACUAUGAGAAAGAGGCAGAGUUCAUGCAUUCGCACAUGAUGGAUCAAGCUAUCAACAAUGCAAUUACAUACCUUGGGGCUGAAUCCCUCAGACCUCUGAUGCAGCAUCAACCCAGCACAAUGGCAGAAGCAGUUCCAGUUAUGAAUGCUGCCUAUUCUCAGGUAUACCAGCCAAGCAGGCUUGAAAGGCCAAGCAGUAGAGAAAUAACAGAAAGCCACGAAAAUACAGUGGAUGGCCCCAUUUCUCUAAUAAGAGCAAAAAAUCAGACAGCAGAAAGAGGAAUAUCUCCUAGUAACAGCUGUUUAGAUUCUACUGACACCGAAAGCAGCCAUGAUGAUCGAAGUGGUCAACAAUAUCCUGGAAUUCCAGCCUUUACUCCUCGGAACAAGCAAAGCCCCGCCUACACAAAGGAUGAAUCAAAGGCUAUGGAACCAGCAAAAGUUUUGUCUCAUACCUCUAAAGAGAUAUACAGGGUCUUCAGUAGUGAGGGCGAGCAGAUUAGAGCUUUCACUUGUGAGCACUGUCGUGUGCUGUUUCUAGACCAUGUCAUGUACACCAUUCACAUGGGCUGCCAUGGUUUCAGAGACCCAUUUGAGUGUAACAUCUGUGGCUACAGAAGCCAGGAUCGCUAUGAAUUCUCAUCGCACAUUGUUCGAGGAGAACACAUAUUCCACUAGGCUUUGAGUUCUAAGACAAUGAUGAAAAACUAUAUUUUGACACCCACAUUACAAUAACUGUAAGGCAGAUGUGGCCUGGCGACAGAAGAUUUGCCUUGUUUUUACGAUCCAUGGACCAAGCAUAUACUGUAGUGAGUAUAUUUCACUCAUUUGCAGUAAUGUGAUUUUUCACUCAUACAUUACUUUGUGGGAAUUAAAAUUAGCCCUUAGUUUAUGAAAAUGAGCUGUCAGUCAUGUCAUCUGAAGAAUUUUGUAUCAUUCAAUUCGGUCCUUGCGUAGGUGCCACUGUGACAAGCUAAUGAACAACUCAUAUGUAGAAUGAUAAUAAAGAAGAAUGAUGUAGGUUCAAGGGUGAACCAUAUCUUAAACUUCCUUAACUUCAAAAUGGAGUAGGAAUAAAAGAUUAAUACUCUUGUAUGCAGCAAUCUUCUAGAAUUAAUUUCUUUGUCUGUUUCACACAUUCAAAUUAACCAAGUGACGGUUCACUAAAUUAAAAGCAAGCACUUGUUGGUUAAUUUAUACUUUUCAAUGUUGAUCAAAAUAAUUGAAAAGGGAAGUCUUAUAUUUAAGUUUUUGAAUUUAUGUAAAGUUGGCGAAAAAAUAUGAAUCAUUAGGUGAGGCCAUCACUACUUGGUUAAGGGGUGAAACACAAUUAAUCACAGACUCAGUAUUAAUCCACUGAUGGUGUUCCCUUUUUGACUAUCACAGUCUUAACCUUUUGUGUCCUUAACUACAUUUUCUUAUAAGCCGAAGAUGAAUGAUACAGUUCCACUCAGAUGACAAGCCUGACAGCUUGUUUUGUGGCACUUGCUCUGUGAAUAAAGAUUACCUCUCACACUUAGGUUGCUUGUUGAAAGGGGCAUCAAAAUUAGGACCCAAACUAUGCACUUACUGAAAAUUUUCGUAAAGUACUGGAGACUAUUGUUAAUUUCUGAACAUAUAGCAACAAGGGAAGGAUGUAUUAAAACUCUGAAACUGUGAUCAUUCAACUGAUUGUGAAGCACUGUCAGUUCUUAACCAGACUCACUUCCUGUUUCAUGUAGCAUUUUCUAAUCUGGAACAAAUGACCCUGUUCUAAAUCCUUGGGCUUUUUUGUUGCUAAAGCAUUAGGUAUAAGCUGUUUACAUAUUUUUGUACUAAAGUGUAGUUUUAUACAUGAAAAUGCUUGAAAAAUAAAAGGUACAUUAGCUUUGUAGUGCAUUGCUACUGGAAUCGGGUAACUGGAACCUCUUCCUUGGUUUGUUUCAUGGUGGCAACAUAUGUUUUUUUUGCAUAAAACUCUGGAUGUACAUUUUCCUUAUAACAUACCUUUGUAAGAUGAUUGAAACUUUAAACUUUUUAUGCAAUUAUUUAGAAGGUUUCAGCAUCGACAACUAUAGUAUGUUUUAAAUCUUUUAAAAUGCUUUGAUUAAAAAUUAAAAAUAAAAUUACUUUAUUCCAAUGUCAGGCGUUGGCAGCAGCUAUUUGUAGCCUAAAUUUCAUUCUAAUGAAUUUUCCUCUCAAUUCCUUGUCACUCAGUAGUAUAAGCAACAUAAGAGUCUAUAACAGACUCUCCAAACUUGAACCGGUUUUGCUAAACAGGUGAAUGCAGUUUUCAAGUGCAAUACUUCCUUUUUUUCGGACUGUAUAAUGUAUUUUCUCAAUUUAGGAAAUAGUUUAUGUAAAAUGUUUUUGAAAUACAUUAACUGAUUCUUAAGACUGUAUUGAAAAUCCCUGUUACUGUGACCUAAAUAACAUGGCUUGUAAAAAAUACAAAGUUGCAGAAUCUUUGUUAAUAUUUUUUUAGGGAAAACUACUGUAAGGUUUGUACUGUCUGAGUGCACAAAUACUGAAAUAA